UCACAGUUUAAGUGUAAAGAUGCGCGUGUUUGUCGGUUUAAUCAUCUUUAUAUCAGCGACAUGUGUUUUCGGCCAAAGUACUUCCAAUGACCACACCAGAAUUGUUGGAGGUGCAGACGCCGCUCCUGGUUCUGCUCCAUUUCAAGUAUCUUUAAGAGAUAAAUUCUUGAAACAUUUUUGUGGUGGAUCGAUUCUUAAUGAAAAAUGGGUUCUUACUGCUGCACAUUGUCUAGUCGCAGGCCGUUUGAGUUCCAUCUACGUCGGAUCCAACAAACUAAACAAAGGAGGUCGUUACUAUGAUGUCAAAAAAUAUAUUGUACAUGAAGAAUAUAAUCCUAAAACCUUAUACGCCGAUAUUGGGCUCAUUGAAGUAGACGAAGAAAUCCAAUUCAACAAUUUAGUAAAACCGAUUCCUAGACGAAAAGAAGCAUUAGUAGGCAAGGAGUCAGUCACAGCUUUAGGUUGGGGGUUAACGAAGCACGAUGGAAAAAAUUCACCGAACAAUUUGCAAAAAAUUGAACUUGAAACUCAAACCAAAGAUAUGUGCGAACUCAGGGGAGGAGUAGAAGCUAAUUCUCACAUAUGCACUUAUACGGGCGAAGGCAAAGGCAUUUGUUUCGGCGAUUCAGGAAGUGCUUUGACUUACAAGGAUGAGCUCGUAGGUGUGUCCUCUUUCAUUUUAAUGAAGUGCGCCCACGGUUUUCCUGAUUUCUUUGCCAGCGUUGUCUUCUUCAAUGAUUGGAUUGAUAAUCAUAUCAAAUUGUGUUACAAAUACUUGGGCGAUAUACAGGCUCGUAUAGCAGAGUCACUCUUGCGGGAAACAAUCAGGUAAAGAAACUUUUGCAGG